AUCUGGAAUUUGUAUUUCGCGCAACCGUCGCUAACUCGCGCCAUGGCUUGCGCUAGCCGCCUCGGGUUGUCCCUCUCCGUAACUAGCAGUUGCCUGGCUCAUAGCGGCCGAAAUAUAAAUACUAUCAGGGGUGCCCACGGCAGCGUGAGCAGCCGUGCCAGCAGUUACACCUUCAACAAAAACAGCAGCGGUAACAGCACCGCCAGGGGCUGCAACGCCGCCUGGUUUUCUCCGCAUAUCUCUGUUAAUACACGCGCUGGUGGUUUUGAAAGAGCAGAUGACGUGGUGUUGAGACGUAAACGAGCUGUUGGGGUUAGAGCGGCCAUGGGUGGUGGCGGCACGCCUGGCGAAGGCGGCUUGUCAGUUGAGCAGCUGGUAACCCUAGAAACGAACAUUGACGACAGCACGCCACAAAUCUUGGCUUAUGUGUCGGAACUGCUGCUAUCUGCGGGCGCUCUUGAUGUCUGGAUGGUCAACGCCAUCAUGAAGAAAGGUCGACCAGGCGUGGUGCUGCAUGUGCUGUGCGAUCGCAGCCAGUGCGACAACAUGCUGUCCAUCAUUCUCAAUGAAACCACCACGCUGGGAGUGCGCAUAGUACCAUGUGAGCGUGUGGCAGUGGCAAGGCUUGAAGAGAGUGCUCUCACGCCCUGGGGAUGGGUGCCGGUCAAAGCGGGAUACCUGCAGGGCAAGCUGGUGACAGCCACAGCGGAGUAUGAGCCGUGUGCUGCAAUUGCGCGAGAGAAUCACGUCCCUCUAAAGGAUGUUAAGUUCGCCGCGGAGAAAUGGUUCAUUGAGAAUGAGGCCCGUGAGCAGGGUCAACUGGGCUUGGGAUGACUCUGAUCUGAGCCUAGCUUGUCGAUGAGUGUGUUUUUGGACAUUGAAUUCAAGAGGGCAUCCAAAUGUGUCAAACACCAAGUCUAUCGCAGUUGAACAACAAUGCUCCGCGAAUAUGUCACACCUCAGGGAGCCCUCACACUGUGCUUUGGCGUGCAUUGCUCGUGCGAUUCUUCAUUAUAUGAUUUGUAAUAUUUUUGAAAACACCAUGCCCCAUGAAGGAGGCUUUGUUGUAGGCAUGCAUAUAUUUAAGGUAUGGAAGGGGA